CAACGUUCAGUUCAACUUCGCAUCGCAUUGUUCUUGCUCAGCUAGGACUUGUCUCUAUAUCUGUGUACAUGCACAGUCUGUAAAACAUGGCAGAAGGCGGAACAUCACCCAAACAAGUGGGUGGAGCUCACCAACAACGCUUUCCAAUUGCAAAUAGACGAAGAGGCGACCUAGGCCUAAUGCAAGUUCCUACUCAAGGUGAUCAUGCAUCACCACAGCAGCAGAGACAGAACAACCAAUUGAGGUCACAAAGAAGCUGUUUUGGAUAUCUUGAAACUCCUAACAGCAACUUACAACCGGAGUUGCCUGCAGGGAAAGACAGAUCUAACUCAGAUUAUGAAAAUGUUCAGAUCAGAGACAACUUCUUGAGUUCACACGACCAAAGUCAAUCUAGGAAACUACCUUCUCCAAAACCAAGAAAACCAGUACGUGAAGACGAAGCAUCAAGACAUCAGUUUAAAGGCCUAGUAACUCAACCAACUGAUGCGGCUACAUUCAAGUAUUGCUUCGAAGGAACAAGAAAAACACCAUCAAAAGAAGAGCACGUUGCAAUGGCUUCAGACUAUUACUCGGAUUCGACAGAACAAGACAUUAAAGUGGUUGAGAAUGACAUUCGCCCUAACCAUGCGCCAUGCAAGACUUCAAUGGAGAUCACCCUGAUACUGCCAACAGGCUAUGUUCUGCAUACUAAAAUGGUCAGAGUCAUCUGGCAAAGCGAAGCUUCAGAACAUUCAUAUCAAAGGGUGACUAAUGGCAAUGCAUCAUUCAAUGGCAGUUGUAUCUAUACUGAAUCCCCUUGCUGGGAUUCCCCUGAAAGAGUAAGAGUAUUGAUAGAAGGCAUACAGGGAGUAGCUCAUACUUUGUACCUGGGACACUUCACCUUUACGGAUACUACACCAACAGAUCAACCAACAUGUGGCCUGCCAUGCCUUCCUACCAACCAUCUUGCUGAAAGUACUCUUAGACAAAUAGCUAUGCUGAUGAAACAAUAUCAAGACAUACUACAGUUGGCUUCCGGAAGUGCUAGCCAGAACAGCCAUGAGAGUACAGAUAGUGGGCUACAAUCAUCAAAGGAGAUAAAUAAACUUCUAGAAGUGUUUAGUAUGUUAACCUCAGUCGUACCUGACAGCAUACAGAAUGACACUGGAGAGAAACAACCAGUUACUUGGUAUUGCUCAACCCAAGUACCAAUAGACGAAAUGGUUACACCUGCAUAUGCCGAUCCUAGCGAUAUCAUUCCUGAAAAUAAAGGUCUAACAGCACCAAGAACAGUAAUGAUUCCUGGUGAUAAAUUUAUCAAAAUGCUAGAAGAUGUUAAACAUAGCAUCAUCAGCUGUGACAAAGCACUGGAAAAGGGAAGGGAGUAUACCUACAUGCCUCUACCUCCUACAACUGGCACCUCAAAAAUGGCUGGGACAACUAGCAAACAAGCUAAAAAAGCAAAAAAUGGGCAUAGCUGGUGGCCACACAUUUUGUGGAAGAAAAAAGGUCAGAAGACUGACUCAAAAUCCUUCACAUCGUCUUCAUCUACAUCAAGCACAGAAACGAGACGACCUCCAAUGCCUCCUCCAAAGCCCAAAAAACAAAACAAAACCUUUAAAGAGCCAGAAACAGAUGAGAGCGCAACAUACCACCAAUCACUGUCAUCCAAUGGGUCAGGAGACUUCCCACACAAUGUCAAAGUUCAGAAGAAAACCCCAACAGCUGCUAAAUCUCCCCGUCCGCUUACAAAAGAGACAACACACCAAAAUGAGCAGACACACACAGAUAGUGUAAUGCAUACUGAUGCUGCCCAGCAAGUAGAAUGCAACAACACCUAUGAAAUUCCACAAUCUGUAACUACAAAACCACCAGACAAGAAGAAAGUAGCUGAAAGCGUCCAGAAUGCUCCAGGAAAGUCAUUAACGGCUAUUGAUGAAUACCAAGUUUCUCAGACAAAUUCCAGAGAUAGAUGCAGCAGUUCAGCCGCAAGUGAACCUCGUAAAAUAAGCGCCGACAGUGCCUAUGGAUCACACCCAAAUUGUGAUAAAAUCCCAUUACAAGACCAUGUUUACGAAAACGUCAAACCCCUAAAACAGCAAAUGAAAUCCAAACAUCACAGAGCAGGUUGUCCAGCUGAAAUAAGACAGUUACAGCACCUUGAACAACUGUCAAAGAAAGUGCAGACUUUGUAGCUCUAUUUUGCUAAUGCACACGUGGAAGGUACUACACUAGAAAUGCUUGCUGUUGCUACGUACAAUGCCUAGUUGACCUUCACGCUUAUAUACUUACGUGUAGCUAUUACCACAAGUGCUAUGUAAUAACCCAGUAAACAUUAAUAUUAAACAA